CGACUACAGUCAGCCCACGCAAAGUCGCGCGCCAGACAGCGCAGCCGCAGCAGAACAGGCGCAGGCAGACAGACGCAGUAGCAGCCAUGGCCGACGAAAAACCCAAGGAGGGAGUGAAGACGGAGAACAAUGAGCACAUCAACCUGAAAGUGGCAGGGCAGGAUGGCUCAGUGGUGCAAUUCAAGAUCAAAAGGCACACUCCUCUCAGCAAACUGAUGAAAGCUUAUUGUGAACGGCAGGGGCUGUCAAUGAGGCAAAUACGAUUUCGAUUUGACGGUCAGCCCAUCAAUGAAACAGACACACCCUCGCAGCUAGAAAUGGAGGAUGAAGAUACGAUUGAUGUGUUCCAACAGCAAACCGGAGGCUCUUCUCUUUAAAGACUGUUUCCUACGAACAUCCCUACCUCCCCUUUUCAUCCCCGAACAUCUUUGUUAUGCCCAGUCUUCAAACGCUCAUGACCAGUGUUGAUACCAUCCAAUGGAAUACUUUUACAAAAUGUUCAAAGGCGGUGGCACAGUUGCUGUAGAUAGGUUUAAUCACACUGUCAUUCGUAUGUUAACAUGUUUGAACUGCGCAGUGUAGACGACUUGUAAGCAGUACAGUGAGUCUAAUGUGCUGAAGAAAUGAAGAUUGGCAUGGUUUUUUUUUUUUUUUUUUUUUUUUUUU